AUGGCGUCCGAAAAUAAAGCUGUUCCAUUUACGAUACAAAUUGAAAGCAAAAACGAACCACCGUCACCGUACGGCAUGGUCGGCCCAUCUUAUAAACCUUUGGAUGAUCCAGAUUUAAAAAAGGUCCAAAAACCUGAUGCUGGUCAGCAACCUACAGCAAAGAAUACGAGCACCGUCAUAUCAUUGCCUGAGAUUAUCGAGAAUGUAGGCGACCAAGAUACUCUGGUCGCUGGCAUGAUCUUCACCACAAAAACUAUACGACAAGCCUUCAUUAAAAAGGUGUUUUGUAUCGUUUUUAUGCAGUUAUUUAUAACUGCGCUCGUCACAUUCGGGUUGCUACAAUGCCAUCAGUACUUACGGUUUGCUGAGAAAAAUGUUUUGCUUGUUUUAGGCGGAUCUAUUUGCUGUUACUUCACCACAUUUCUCGCGAUGCUGAUCUUCACAAGCGCGAGGCGUAAUGUGCCAUACAACUACAUUUUCCUUAUGCUCUUCACUUUAUCCUUGACUAUGAUACUCCCUUUGAUCUUGGAACAAAUACCUGCAGAACAGAUCAUGUUUGCUGUGGGUUUGACAUUUGCUGUAGUUUUCGCUCUAACACUAUUCGCGUUCCAAACUAAGAUAGACUUUACCUUCCUCACGAGCUACUGCUUGUGUCUGGUGCUGCCUCUACUACUACUCGGUAUGUAA